AUGAAAAUCCUCAUCAUCGGCGCCGGCCUAGGCGGUCUCUGCGCCGCCAUCGCCUUCGCCCACUCCUCCUCCCCCUCCAAAAAGCACCAAGUCCUCGUCUUCGAAUCCCGGCCCACCCUCUCCCCCACCCAAGGCGGCAUCAACGUGCGCCCCGCCGCAACACGCAUAAUGAACACCUGGAACCUCCAAACCUCCCUGCGCCGCAUCGCCGAACCCACCAGCUCGUUCAUCAACAGGAAUCUGUACACCGGGAAGGUGGCGAAUCGCACGAUUUUGGUGGAUGCGACGCGCGAGGAGGAUUGGGGCACGACGCGGGAUGAGCUGGUGAGGGUUUUGUUGGAGAGGGCGAGGGGGGCGGGGGUGAGGGUGGAGUUUGGGGUGGGGGUUGAAGAUGUUUGGGAGGAUGGGGAGAGGGCGUUUGUGAAGUUGGGGGAUGGGAGGGUUGAGGAGGGGGAUUUGGUUGUUGCGGCGGGUGGGAUUAGGUCGCGGGUCAGGGGACAGAUUUUAGAGGAUGUCGUUGCGGGUGGGAGGAGCGUGGAUCCGAUUGUGAGUGAUGUUACGCUUUAUGGAGUCCGUGUGGAGGAUACGGAUGAUGUGCCUUCGUUGCUGGCUACGGACUCCGAGUACGUCGUCACUUGGAUCGGGCGGGACGCCUUCUGCAUCUCGCGGUACAAUCGCACGCUCCGCCAUGCGCGCGGUCUGUUCGGCAUUCGCGGGCAGACGGAUCAGAAAGGCCUCUGGGAUGAACAGGGCGAUAUCAACUUCGUUCGUCAGGCCUUCAGCACGGCUUGUCCGGAUCUUAGGGCGAUGCUCGAGAAAGCCACCUCGUGCGAUCGCUGGCGGUUGGCGGAGCUGCCUGACCUCCCUCGGUGGACGAGUCGACAUGGGAAGAUCGUAUUGUUGGGUGACUCCGCGCACGCGAUGGAACCGAAUGCGGCUCAUGGUUUCUCAAGCACGGUCGAAGAUGUUGGUGUGUUGGAAUAUCUCGUCAAUCGCUUCGAAGGUCAGGAAGCCGCAGCAAACGUCCCUGCCAUCACGAGGGAAUGGGAACGGAUUCGCAAACCUCGCGUGGAGCGGAUCAAGGCGUGGGCGAACGAGAAUACGGCGGUGUUCUUGGGUGAGCCGCCUAAAGAUCGAGUGCUGAGAGAGUCCGGAGAGGGAAGGAGGAUUUCGUUGAAAGCUGUGAAGCCUAGGAUGGAUGGCCAUUUCGAUUCAAGGGAGUUCUUGAAGUGGACGUUGGAUUACGAUGCUGUUGAAGAGGCGAGGAAGAUCGUCGAAGGGCCGUCCAGGGCGAACCUCUGA